CUGGUGUACAGUCAUGAGGGGGAGUGUGAUUGUGUUGGUGGCCGUGGGCGCCGUCUGGGCCGCUCCAGCAUCAGCAUUCCCCUACCCUCUGGUAGCGUCGCCUGCAGUCCCUCCCACUACGUACAUCACCCGCCACCACGCCCAGGAUGAGCUAGGCCAAGUCAACUAUGGUUUUACCCACCCUGGUCAAGCCAAGAACGAAAUCCGCGACGCCUUCGGUAACGUGGCCGGCGUCUACACCUACAUCGACCCCGACAACCAGGUCGUACACGUCGAAUACACGGCCGGCCACGAUGGCUUCCAGGUGAGGAAUGACAAUCAGCCCCUUGCUUAUAGCACUGGAGCUUCUCAGCCAGUCACACCCGAGGUCACCGCUAUCAAACUCAACUCUAACGACGCAGAUAAUGUUGUUGCCGUUGUCCUUGGCGAUGCUGCAGAGGUCGAGGCAGCAUCCGAAAUAGACGAAGUUAAGCCAACAGAUAAAGCCGAAGAGGACGUUGUCAUUUCAACGCAGCCUGGACAAAUUUCCGACGAGUUCUCAUCUCUGGCUAUUGAUUUUCCACAACGAGUUAAAGACGCUCCAUUGGCCAUAGAAAGACAAGACACUCAACCAGCUACAGAGGAUGCACAAGUCCUUAGGCCGGAUACCCUAGCUGUAGGUCACGCUCCAGAAUAUAUUGAAGUACCUGAAACAUUAUCUCCUGAAGCUGCGCUUGAUGAAAGUGUUUCCGGUGUAAGCGCCCCCUUUGAAAGUACUCCUGGUGAAAGCGCGCCUUUUGAAGGUAUCCCUGCUGAAAGUACCCCUUUUGAAGGUUCCCCUGCUGAAGGUAUUCCUGAUGUAGUCUCCCCUCUUGAAGGUAUUCCUUCUGAAGGCGCCCCUGCUGAAAGCGCCCCCUUUGAAAGUGUCCCUGCUGAAAGCGCCCCCUUUGAAAAUGUCCCUGCUGAAAGCGCCCCCUUUGAAAGUGUCCCUGCUGAAAGCGCCCCCUUUGAAAGUGUCCCUGCUGAAAGCGCCCCCUUUGAAAGUGUCCCUGCUGAAAGCGCCCCCUUUGAAAGUGUCCCUGCUGAAAGCGCCCCUUUUGAAGAUGCCCCUGCUGAAGGCAUUCCUGGCGUAAGCUCUCUUUUCGAAGGUGCUCCUGAUGUUAGCGCUCCUUUUGAAGGCGCCCCUGCCGAAAGCGCUCCAUUUGAAAGUGUCCCUGCUGAAAACGCCCUACUAGAGGGCGCCCCUGCUGAAAGAGUCCCUUCCGAGGGCGCCCCUUUUGAGGGCACACCUGCUGAAAGUGCCCCUCUUGAAGGGGCUUCUGUUGAAGUCGCUCCUGCUGAAGUCGCUCCUGCUGAAGUCGCUCCUACUGAAGUCGCUCCUACUGAAGUCGCUCCUACAGAAGACACUCCUAAUGAAGACGCUCCUACUGAAGACGCUCCUACUGAAGACGCUCCUACUGAAGACGCUCCUACUGAAGACGCUCCUACUGAAGACGCUCCUACUGAAGAUGCUCCUAUUGAAGACGCUCCUACUGAAGGCCCUCCUGCUGAGGGCCCUCCUGCUGAGGGCCCUCCUGCUGAGGGCCCUCCUGCUGAAGGCCCUCCUGCUGAAGGCCCUCCUGCUGAAGGCCCUCCUGCUGAGGGCCCUCCUGCUGAGGGCCCUCCUGCUGAGGGCCCUCCUGCUGAAGGCCCUCCUGUUGAGGGCCCUCCUGCUGAGGGCCCUCCUGCUGAGGGCCCUCCUGCUGAAAGCCCUGCUGAGGGCCCUCCUGCUGAGGGCCCUCCUGCUGAAGGCCCUCCUGCUGAAGGCCCUCCUGCUGAAGGCCCUCCUGCUGAAGGCCCUCCUGCUGAGGGCCCUCCUGCUGAGGGCCCUCCUGCUGAGGGCCCUCCUGCUGAGGGCCCUCCUGCUGAAGGCCCUCCUGCUGAGGGCCCUCCUGCUGAGGGCCCUCCUGCUGAAGGCCCUCCUGCUGAGGGCCCUCCUGCUGAAGGCCCUCCUGCUGAAGGUCCUCCUGCUGAAGGCCCUCCUGCUGAAGGCACUCCUGCUGAAGAUCAUCCUGAUGUAGAUCCUCCUGUUGAAUAUGUCCCUGUUGAAGAUUUUCCUGUUGAAUAUGUUCCUGUUGAAAGCACUCCUGAUGUAAGCGCCUCUUUUGAAGGUACUCCUGCUGAUGGGGCUCUUAUUGAAGGCGCUCUAGUUGAAGGUACUCCUGUUGAAGGUGUUCCUGAUAUAGGCGCCGCUUUUGAAGGUGUCCCUUUUGAAGGUGUCCCUGUUGAAGGUGUCCCUGUUGAAGGCACUCUUCGUGAAGUCGUUGAAGAAACUGUCCCCGAAGAACCAGUCUUUGACAGUAAAGUUGACCAGGAUCCACAAGUUGGCGCAGUGCCUGAAAGUGCGCCAGAAGCUCUUGGCGAGGGCUUCGAGGACACGGCCCCCGAAGAUGUUCAGAGUGUUCCACAAACCAUUGAUCCUAUUCGAACACCUGCAAUCUUUGAAGAGCCUUCCACAGGACAUGUUCCAUCUCCGUCUGCAGACGCUGGAAAAUUGGCCGAUUCAGGGACUGAAAUUCAAUCGAGGGACGACGUACCUGCUGUAAGGCCGUCCGGCAUCGACGGUUCACUUCCUCUGUUCUCGGGUUACUAUUAUGCCCUAGACAGAGCAUUUUCACCUCCGUACACAUCCACCUUCCCUUAUAGAGUUUACAGCAUCAAUAAUCCUUUCUUGCUUUCCAUUGGGGACAUUUCCCAAGCGCAAUCUCCUUUCCCUUAUUAUCGCUUAAUCCAUCACAGCAAUCGCAACUAUGUUGGUCAUUAUGCUCCUCGGGGCAUUAGAUACAUUUCUGUCUAAAACUGUGAUGCAUCAGUUUUUUUUACACGGAAUUUCCUGCAUUUUCGUUUCCUAUCCCUCGACCUCUUCGCCUAUUUAGUCAACCAAGUCCAAAUUAUGUCGAACAGUUGUGCUUGUGGGAGAGGCAGUGUGACUUAUUAUAUCACGGCUUGGAAACUUGACUGUGUCUAAGUUUGGGACGGUAGAGGACAGAUUUAUGCUGAACGCGCAAGGGGGUACAGAUCAAUACUGUAUCCGAGUCUUGUUUUGCUUACGUUACAUACGCAAUCUUAUAUUUUUGUAUUUGUACUUAGUUGUAGGAUUUCAUAAAAUAUACUAAAUAAAUAUG